AUGAUUCCUCCGAACAAGGAGGCCCGGACAGCAGGGAGACAAGAACGGGCUGGAUUUUGUGACACUCCGCUUAAGUCGAAGACGAGGGUUCGACCCUUCGGCAGGUUUUGGAAACUUCCGAAAACUCCUAUCACAGCUGUGCGCCUGAACCCGGGAGAGUUCAGCGCUGCAAUGUUGAGUUUCCUUCAUUGUGGCUCAGUGAUGGUCACUGCAUGUUCCAUAUCCGUGCGACCAGAAGACAUGCCAAGUGAAAAAUGCAGGAACGGCACUAGGGUGCCACAGUUCGGGCUCCAAGCACACACCAGCAGAUUUCCCUGGAUAGACCGGCAGGGUGACGCACAGGCGAGGCUUGCUCGACUUGAUUGGCUGGAGUGGGAGCGGCUUCCCUACGAAUCGCGACUAGCCGUGUGGCUGGUGUUGCUUCCCAGCCUUACAACGCCGCACCAUCAUCCGGUAGAAGUUGCCAUGGCCUUCAAGUCUUUGCGGCUGGCACUAGGCUGCUUCCUGUUGGCCUUGCUGGCACUCGUAGUUGUGCCACGGACCUUUCGCAAGGAGAAAGGCACUUUCCAAGUCCCGUCACGCUUUGCUCCGACCAGAGCUUUAGAGGCAAGCGUCGACGAGCAAAUCCAAGCAGUGGAGUCGAUGAUUUCUGAUGACAGCGCGGACUUGCGUGUGGCAUCGGCAGAAGAGGCCACGCAUGUAGUACCCCAAGGCAACGAGAGCUUGCCUUCCAGAACUGUUGUCUCCGACAGCAUUUCGGCCGGGUCGGCGGCCACCACCCGACCAGAAAGCGCUGUCUCGGAGGAUGGGCAACUCACAACGGCCGUCGAGAGCAAGGAAGAUGUUUCUUCACAGACACGGCACACUGACGAAAGCGUGCCGAAGACGGCACUUGAGUUGAACGAACACUUGCUCGACGAGGACAGCCUUCAGCUUUACCAAACCAGCAUGACAGUCGUCAAGGACGCGGUCGUCUCACGUCCAAAGGCGGUCAGUAACAGCCUCGAUGGGUUGGUCAUUGCCCCCGACUGUCGCUGCACGUUUAUUCUUUCCGGCGCACAUCCGCCAGCAGAUCCUCAAUGUCUCCACAACUGCUCCAGACUGCACUUCGUGAACAACAACGGCGGGUGGUGA